AUGGUGUCCCAGCUGAGCGCCCUGCAACGGGAGCUGCUGGGCGCCCUGCUCAGCUCCGGGGCCACCAAGGAGGGGCUGAUCCGCGCCCUGGAGGACAUGGUGCCCGCCGCCGGCUUCGGCGUCAAGCUGGAGAGCCUUCCGCUGUCUCCCGGCGGGCCCCCCGACGGCAGGGCCGGGCUCCCGCCGCUGGCCAACGGGCACGGCAAGGGCAAGCUCUCGGGAGACGAGGGCUCCGAGGACGGCGACGACUUUGACACGCCGCAGAUCCUCCGCGAGCUGCAGUCGCUCAACACGGAGGAGGCCGUGGAGCAGCGGGCGGAGGUGGAGAGGAUGAUCAGCGAGGACCCGUGGCGGGCAGCCAAGAUGAUCAAGGGGUACAUGCAGCAGCACAACAUCCCGCAGCGGGAGGUGGUGGAUGUCACCGGCCUCAACCAGUCCCACCUCUCCCAGCACCUCAACAAGGGCACCCCCAUGAAGACCCAGAAGAGAGCUGCCCUGUACACGUGGUACGUCCGCAAGCAGCGGGAGAUCCUCCGCCAGUUCAACCAGGCAGUCCAGGGUUGUGGAAAUAUGACAGACAAAGGCAGUCAGGAUCAGCUGCUGUUUCUCUUUCCAGAGUUCAAUCAGCAGAACCAGGGGGCUGCCCAGCUCGACGAUGCCUGCUCUGAAACCCCCAGCAAGAAGAUGCGGCGCAAUCGGUUCAAGUGGGGGCCGGCCUCCCAGCAAAUCUUGUACCAAGCCUACGAGCGCCAGAAGAACCCCAGCAAGGAGGAGAGGGAGACCCUGGUGGAGGAGUGCAACAGGGCCGAGUGUCUGCAGCGAGGAGUGUCCCCCUCCAAGGCUCACGGGCUGGGCUCCAACCUGGUCACCGAGGUCCGAGUGUACAACUGGUUUGCCAACCGGCGCAAGGAGGAGGCGUUCCGCCAGAAGCUGGCCAUGGAUGCCUACAGCUCGGGCCAGCCCCCGCACAGCAUGAACCUGCUGCUGUCCCACGGCUCCCCGCACCACAACCAGCCCAGCGCCUCCCCGCCCAGCAAAAUGCCAGGGGUGCGGUACAGCCAGGCGGCGAGCGGCGACGCGGCGUCCUCGGGGGCCAUCAGCCACCACGGCAGCGCUGCCAUGGUCACCACCAGCCAGGCUGUCCUGCAGCAGGUCUCCCCGGCCGGCCUGGACCCCAGCCACGGUUUGCUCUCUCCCGAAGGUAAAAUGAUCUCCGUGUCGGGGGGCGGGCUGCCCCCGGUGAGCACCCUGACCAACAUCCACAGCUUGUCCCACCACAACCCGCAGCAGUCCCAGAACCUCAUCAUGACGCCGCUCUCGGGAGUCAUGGCCAUCGCCCAGAGUCUGAACACCUCGCAGGCUCAGAGUGUCCCCGUCAUCAACAGCGUGGCUGGCAGCCUGGCAGCCCUGCAGCCGGUGCAGUUCUCCCAGCAGCUGCACAGCCCACACCAGCAGCCGCUGAUGCAGCAGUCCCCGGGCCACAUGACACAGCAGCCCUUCAUGGCCACCGUGACCCAGCUGCAGAACUCACACAUGUACACACACAAGCAGGAGCCUCCCCAGUAUUCCCACACCUCUCGCUUCCCCUCGGCCAUGGUGGUGACGGACACCAGCAGCAUCAGCACACUCACCAACAUGUCUUCCAGUAAGCAGUGUCCCCUGCAAGCCUGGUGA